AUAUCUAUUCAUACUCUGUGAAUUUUGUUUAUGUUCAAUUUUUUAGUUUUUAAAAAUUUAAUAAUUAUUAUACUACUUAUAUUAUACAAAAAUAUAGAAAGAAAAUAAAAAUACAAAUUUUGAAAAUGACACACGCAUUACCAAUUCUGGUUCUCAGAAUACGGAGGGUCACGUGAUUUGGAUAAUUGAGCGCAUCAUCUGAAGAUGGCAUGACGAUCGUUGGUGUUCUCAAGUUCAUAUAGCAUAAGCUUUCAUGGAACAAAAAUAAUAUCCUCGAUAAUUUUUGGAUUUUAAUGAGCACAAGUAUAGAAUCGAAUCAAUUUUUCUAAAGGAAUAAUAUGUUUUUAAUUCAUAACGUAUCUUAUAACGAUAGUUUAAUUAUUGAGGAAUGUGAAAAAUUCAUCAACAUUUCUACUACGUAAAGAGGUUCCAGGUGAUUCAAUCUAUGUAUCUUCAUUUACGAUAUGGCGCGCGUCUCCAGCAGAUUUUUCGACACAUCUUCCUUGACCACUUGUAAACAGGCAGGAAAAAAAAGUUUCGAAGGUCAAUAAUUUAGGCAAUUCUUUGGUUAUUAACACAAAGGAAGAUUAGAAUUGUUUAAAGGGAAAUAUAAUAUAAUAUUAUAUAUUAUGAAGACCUUAUCUCUAGUUCGGGCUCCUCUCAACAGCCGAAGGGAAAGAGAAGGAAGAAAAAAGGACGGAGCAGUCUUACGUUCAGGUGUUUCUUGGUGUAAAGGUUCAUCAAAUAUGGAUUCUUUAAAUUGUAGUACAGAUAAUACAACAACUACCUCUCUGUCAAGUGAUCUAACGCAAAAUGAAAUAAAAUCUGCCUCAAAUAAUACGGAACAGCGUCUUAAUAGUGAUAAGGAAAUAUCAACAGAAAUUAAAAAUGAUGUUAAAGUAUCAUCAACUUCUGAUGUUCAAACAGAUCAACGAAAUUAUAUAAGUACAGAGGAUAAAGAUACAAGAAGCGCAGAGUAUUCAAAGAUGAUUCAGGUUUUGAAAGAUGAUCUUAAGUUGACGUGUGUAUUAAGUGAUGUACAAACAAAUGAAGUGGAGAAGGAUGUGAAAGAGCAAAAGGAAGGAAGAAGGAAACGUAAAAGUACAAGUACUCAGGAAAGAGAUUCUGCUUCUGAGGAUAAUGCUGGUAAGGCGAAGAAAAAGAAGGUACAAAAUAGUAGUGACAAAUUUUGCUGGCGUUGUCAUAAGGAGACAGUGGAUGUUCAAUGCAGUGCAUGUCCACGUUCUUGGCAUCGAAAAUGCAUUGGUGGAGCACAAUUAGCCAACGUUCAAAGCUGGAUAUGUGGAGAAUGUGCCACUAUUCUGAAAGCAGAAAAUGCAGAGACUCGCUCUGAAGCAAUGUCUCAACUUUCUGUUGAUCAACUUUGCAUGCUUCUAAAACAUAUAAUUGACAGAAUGCGGGAUUAUCCUGGGUCGGAACCAUUUUGGAAAGAAGUUGAUACUAAGGAAGUUAGUAAUUAUAUGGAAUACGUUGUAAAGCCUAUGGAUUUAUGUUUAUUAGAGAAUAACGUUAAAUCAAAAUUAUACGGCAGUACUGACGCAUUCAUGGCAGAUGCAAAGUGGAUUCAACAUAAUUGUAUUGUUUUUAAUACAUCUUUUUUUAAAAAAGGUGGAGGAGUCUACGCUGACCCGUCAAAAUUAACAAGUGCCGCAAAGCAAAUAGUGAAAGUUGCAAGGCAAGAGGUGUCAGAAUUGGAAGCAUGUCCAGAUUGUUAUAUGCAUGGUCGCAAUUUACCGCGUCCUUUGCCCAGUUGGUUCAUUGAACCUUGUCGUCGUCCUCAUCCAAUUGUCUGGGCAAAACUUAAGGGAUUUCCAUUUUGGCCAGCUAAAGCGUUACCGCGCAUAAAUGGAGCAGGAUAUAUCGAUGUACGUUUCUUUGGUGAACAUGAUCGUGCUUGGGUUGUUCCUAAAGAUGUUUUUUUAUAUUCCGAAGAGCCUCCUCAACCUUUGCCUCGAAAGAAAAAAAAUGAAAUGGACGAGUGCGUUAGAGAAGUUGCUCGUCAUUGUCGAAAAUUGGAAAUGGUCUUUGGUGAAUUUAAAUUUGCCCCACCUCGAAUUCAAUACAAUCCUAAUGAUCAAACACAAAUACAAAUUAUGUUACCGAAUUAUGAUUCAACGGCUAACAUAACGAAAUCACAAUCACUGGCCUUAAAGAAAAGACCGUCGUUUAGAAAUCGUUGGGAUGGUGAUAGUUCCUCACGGGAAGACGUUAAUUCCUCAACGGAAAAAACUAAUUCCAGUCUUGUAAAAUCUAUACCAGUGACACCUGGGAUAGCGAAGAAAAGAAUGCAGCGAAAGUCAAUCGGAAGUUCACCUGUUAUCGAAAAAGAAGAUCCCGUAGUAAUGUCAAUGAAGAAGCUAGAAACUUACAUUGCAAAAGCGAGUGAUAUCAAAUUAAAGAUAAAACCAGCGAAAAACCAGAAGAAAGAUGAACCAGAGACGGCUACACCCUUACCGGAAUUAACUAUUGUCGUGAAUAAAACAAGUGGCAAUUUGAAAACAAAUUCAACUGAUAAACCCAACGAAGAAACAGUUCCAAAAUCACCAGUAAAAGAUUCAAAGAGCUGUACACCAAAAAUUGCACCUAAAAUAAUUUCAUCUUUUCUUGCCACCAGUACUCCGAAGAUUGCUCUCAAACCGAUUAAACCGAACACUAAUAAAUUGUACAAUCCGAAAAAGACUAUUAUUGAAAAAAUUAACGCUGUCAGUGAAUCUAAAGCUAGUGAAUCUAAAGAAUCGGUUUCUACACUGGAAACUGAAUCGCAAAAUAAAAGUGCAGCACCAUCGGUUGAGACAAAUUCUUCUGUAGUGAGAUAUUAUGUUUUAACAGGAGAUAAAUCGGUGGAAGUGAAAAAAGUAUCGGCGGAAGUUGCUAAUCAAGCAGGUCAAAAAAUUGUCUCUCCCGUUAAACAAGAACCGCGGGAUAUCCCACUUUUAAAAAAGAAACAAAGCAAAGCAAAGAAAUCGUUUCCUAAUCGGCCGCCUAAUUUUUCGUUUCUAUCAAAAACAACAGCACCACCGGUUGAUGCUAUGGUUUAUAUUCCUCCACAAAGCGGUGAAAACUCCAUUUCUCAGAAGCAGUUACCUCCACCUGAAGCUGGACCAUUCUCGUCGAAAUUACAUCAACGCUCUUUGGAACUCGCUAAGCGAAUGGCGCAAAUGAUGGAGGAAGCUCUUAGGGAAACUGUAUUAGAAAAUUCUGAAAUUGAACAAACUUCGGGUGAUGCAUGUCAAGCGAAGAUUCAUUUUCUAAAACUUGAAAUUGAACGCAUGCGAUGGCAGCAUCAACAACAACUGGAUGAAUUACGAUAUAAUACAGAUCGUACUUUAAAAGAGAUGAGAGCGAGUUUAGAAGCAGAGAGAUUGCGAGCAGUUGCAGAAACACGUAAACAUGCAGAAGAAGAUAAGCAAAGGUGCGUCGAAGAAAUAAAGAAAAAGCAGUGGUGUGCAAUGUGUGGACGUGAGGCACUUUUUUAUUGUUGUUGGAAUACAGCGUACUGCGAUUAUCCCUGUCAACAAAAGCACUGGCCACUACACAUGUCAUCUUGCGCUCAAAAUCCACCUUCAAGUUCAUCUGUUGUAACUAAUGCUCCAGUGAAUGUUAGUAUUAACGAUCAAUCGCAAGUAAUGCCAAGGCUACAGAUUAGUUCCCAGAAUGUGUCCACUAAUUCUUGGGUUGCCUAAGGUAUAAAUAGUGUAUUGAUCAACUGCGAUUUUAAUCAAUUUACAAAUAUCAGUUUAUACUGUAAAGGUGGUUUGUCUUGUAUCGAGAUGCAAUACAAAAACUUUUAAUUUAACUAACGUAACAAUUUUUUGUAUUAAUCGCGCGAAAAUUAACUCCUUACGCAAAAAAAGUACAUUUGUUGUACUGUUCCUGAUUGUCGCUCAAGCGCUAGCAUUUAAACUAGAAUGGAAAUUUAUUUUCUAUGAAAAUAAAGGAUGCAUUAUAAAUUUAA